UGAUGGGGUAAACGAUACCCCCCGUAGCCUCGUGCGAUAAACGUUAAAUGUGCAGCCAUGUGCCUCCCACGGUCACGUCAGUGAGGCAGGAACAAGGACAGACUGUUGUACGGUGGCAUAACUUGGUUCACCUCGUUGGUUAUUUUUUUUAUUGCACAGGAUAGGAACGUUUCUGAUACCUUCUUUAUUUUACACUGCCAGCGGUGAUUUCACUACUUGGAUAAAUCGGGAUCAUUGAUUUCGUGUAUUGUUGCUCCAGAUUGAUGCUUUCAUUCACGUGUGUGUGCUGGUGACACUUUUCCAUGGAGAUGCAGGUGGUGCAGCGGGCCAGGGAGACCUUCCUUGCCGGGAGGUCGCGACCCCUGGAGUUCAGAGUUCAGCAGCUCAAGUCCCUCCAGAGGAUGAUCACAGACAGACAGGGAGAGAUCGCCACCGCCCUCAAACAGGACAUCAACAGGAGCCAGUACGACACGCCACUGUUGGAGCUGAUCGGCCUGGAGAAUGAGAUCAGCCUGGCUGUGUCAAAGCUGGCCCAGUGGGCUGCUCCUCGGCCAGUAGAGAAGAGCCUCCUCACCAUCUCAGACCAGGUAUACAUCCAGCCAGAGCCCCUGGGAGUGGUCCUCAUCAUCGGGGCCUGGAACUACCCCUGGGCCCUCACCCUGCAGCCCCUGGUCGGGGCCAUCGCUGCUGGCAAUGCCGCUGUGGUGAAGCCAUCUGAGCUGAGUGAAUACUCAGCUAGUCUCCUCAAAGCUCUGCUCCCACGAUAUUUGGACCAGGAGCUGUACCCUGUAGUGUGUGGGGGUGUCUCAGAGACCCAGGAGUUGCUGCGUCAGCGUUUCGACCACAUCUUCUACACAGGGAACAGCACUGUGGGUAAACUGGUGAUGGAGGCCGCAGCCCGACACCUCACCCCUGUGACCCUGGAGCUGGGGGGGAAGAGCCCCUGUUACAUCGAUAAGGACGUCGACCUCAGAGUUGCAUGCCGGCGUAUCACCUGGGGGAAGUUUGUGAACUGUGGUCAGACGUGCAUUGCCCCAGACUACAUCCUGUGUGAACCCAGCAUCCAGGACAGAGUGGUGGAGGGCAUCCGGCAGACACUACUGGAGUUCUAUGGGCCCGACCCUAAAUCCUCCCCUGACUAUGGCCGCAUCAUCAACCAGCGUCACUUCAACCGCGUAAUGGCUCUACUGGAUGGCUACACAGCGGCGCUAGGGGGCCAGAGUGACUCAUCACAGCGCUACAUUGCCCCCACGGUGGUGAAGGACGUGCCCCCCCAUGCUAGGAUGAUGCAGGAGGAGAUCUUCGGCCCUCUGUUGCCCAUAGUGACCGUCAGCGACAUAGAUGACGCCAUCCACUUCAUCAGCGAGAGAGAGAAGCCCCUGGCGAUCUACGUCUUCUCCUCCAACAAGAAGGUGAUAAAGCGAAUGCUGGCUGAGACUACCAGUGGCGGGGUGACAGUCAACGACGUUAUGAUGCACUACACCCUCAACUCUCUGCCCUUUGGGGGUGUAGGUCAGAGUGGAACAGGCAGGUAUCAUGGGAAACACACCUUUGACCAGUUCAGCCACCAUCGGGCGUGUCUGGUCAAGUCCCUGGGCAUGGAGCGGGUCAACAUGCCGCGGUAUCCACCCCAGAACCACCAGAAGGCUCGCAGGGUCAGGCUGGCCAUGAGGACCUCGCUGGUUGACUUCUCCAAGGGCACCUACAUCUGGGCCGUCACGGCGUCCAUCGUGGCUCUGGGACUCCUGGUCACACUGACUGUGAUUCUAAUACUAGCGGCCGGCGUCAGCUGUACCUGUUGGUGAUUGAUGGAUAGACACA